UCGACAGCUCAAUGGUACGGUAUCCACAGCUUAAUUAGGAUCGACUGAUCUGAGAGAGUAGUACGUGCUGCAGCUCAAUCUCGAUCGAUAAUGGUGAAGGGAAGCAAGCACCACGAGCUGGAGGCCGACGACGUCCCGGCGUCCGAGCUGUGGAAGAUCUACGGCACGCUCCGCUUCGUGGAGCUGGUCCACGAGCUGCUCCCGCAGGUCCUCCACCAGGUCGAGGUCCUCAGGGGCGACGGCACCGUCGGCACCGUCAUCAAGGUCACCUUCCCUCCAGGGAACCCUGGGGUGCAGACCUACAGCGAGGAGUUCGUCAAAAUCGACAACGAGAACCGCGUCAAGGAGGCGGCGGUCAUCGAAGGCGACCUUCUGACCCUCGGCUUCACCACGUACCUGACCCGUUUCCAGAUCAUCGACAAGGGCCCCAGCUCUUCGGUGAUAGCAUCGACGGUCGAGUACGAGUACGACGACGGCCGUCCUGAGCUCGAAGCGGCGGCGUCCACUGCGCCCUUGGCUGCCGCUGCUGAGAGACUUGUCCAGUAUGUCAAGGAGCAGAUGACGACGACGACGACUGCCCAGGCAACCGCCGCCUGAAACGAAACGAAAAUACUCAGAACUGCGACUAGCAGUCUAGCACCGGUUUCUGAGGACGAUCGAACAAAAUGAACGUGUGAUUCUGGUACUGUAAAACUGAGCAUGCAAGCUGUUACCAUGCAUGCCUACCAUGUUGCGAUCUAUCAUCUGUGUGUGUCGUUGUCUGGUUACCUCUGGUUUGAAUAACGGCAUUUUCUAAUUUUCCAUUCAUAUCAAUUUAGUGACACUUUUCGUUUAUACCACCAAACCAUAUCAUUGGCACAAUAUGUGAACUGGCUUUGCUUCUCGCUUCUAUCAUCUGUGUGUGUGUGUGUUUUGUCUAGUUACUUCGGUUUUGAAUAAUGGGAAUUUUCUUUUUCUUUUUCGUCAUUCAUAUCACUUGAGUGACACUUUUCGCUUUUUUAUAUAUACCACCAAACCAGCAGGAGAUGUAUAAUAAUAAUAAUAAUGUCUACAUCUGUA